ACAGCGCAACGAAACAACCCAGCGACUCCGCGGCGAUGCAAUGAUCGCGAAACCUGUGUGCACGGCACCAUCGGAUGCAAUAUGCAGUCGUUGUGCAAAUGAUAACAAAAUAUUGAAAAAGUGUCGCGGAGCGAGCGUCGUAAACAGCCAGCGCGGGUGGAGCUGAAAAAAUAAAACGGCCGCCGCGCGACUUAUCAGCACUAGGCGCCGCCGACUUCGCGGUGUGCACGCCUCAAGGAUUUCGGUAGAAACCGCAAACCAGUGAAAUGUGUAACAAUCUCAAUCUCGCAAUCGAGGACGAGAUUUUCAUGGUGAAAACGUGGAAAAGUCGCGGAAAAGCUCCGGUCGGAGAGUUGUGUGUGUGUGGCAGCGGCAAGCAGGUCGGACGUGAUUUGCCUGCUCAGACCUCGAGGAAGUUGUAUAAUUAUUUCGGGAUCGUUCAGACCGAGUGGUUCGCGGCGUGCAGCGCUGGCCCCCUUUCGAAUCGAACGCGUAGUGUUGUCAUUGGGUGGAUGGAGCGGAGUGCACCGCUUGGGGCACAGGCGAGCGCAGCAAAGGUUUUUUUCGUGCUUGAAGGUCUUUGAGAAUUUUUCAGUUUUUGCGCGGUGCACGGCUCCACGAAAGCUGCGGCGAUCGUAAUUUCUCAUGUUUUGCUCGCUGUGACGAACUGUGUACAGGUUUUCGAGGUAUUUUUAACCUCGUCACUGUUUUUGGCAACACGUCUCGGACACCGCCGCGCAUUCGACUUUUCUUAACGAACACUCGUCGAGAGUUGAUUGCUAUCAUUUGUCAGAACUUUUGACUAAUUUUUGUCAAGAAACAAAUCACAAAGAAUGUUUGCUAAUUUCCAAACAUACAACCACAAUAAUUUUGAUGUGUCGCUAAGUUUGAUGGCCAGCCGAAAUUAUGAACACCCAGCAGUUCCCGAGCCGAAGGUUGUCGUUAUUCGUAAGUCGAAUCAAGGAUUCGGAUUCACAGUGCGACAUUUUAUCAAAUAUCCACCGGAGGGAACGAUACAGACAACUCCACCAAUGGAAACGGUGUUCAUAAAAGAAGUGCAUCCCAAUGGACCUGCAUAUUUCGCUGGCCUUCAACAAGGCGAUCGUCUACUAAAAGUCAACAAUAUGUCAAUAGCCGGAGUCCCUUACAGCACAAUUGUAUAUAUGAUAAAACAAACACCAAAUGUUUUAACGUUACAUGUUGUGCCAAAAGAAUGUGAUGUUUUACAAUUGUAUUUUGAGGAUCUAGCACAUAAUCCGGAAAGUAAUCGAAUAAAACCUUUCGCUGACGUUCCGCAAAAUAUAAGACUUGGACCUAAUCAUAAUCAGCCGGUGCACAAUCUUUAUUCUCCUAUACAAAAUUUGCACAGCAAUUUCUUAGGUGCUAUGAAAUUUCCAGCAGACGAACCUAUGGCGUCGUAUAACAACUCAUAUCUUCUAUCUCCAAACCAACCACUGCUACUGAAUCGGUUGAAAAAGAGCAUUAUGCAAAAAGAAGAAUUUUUAAGAUUGCCACCAUCAUUUCAAACAACCACAACUGUGGGGACUAGACCUAGUGUCUCAUCUACUCGCGCCAACGAUGUUUUCUCCCAAGCAUGUGAUAUUGAGAUAAAAUCUACAUCUACACUAAGACAAUCAGAAAGUAAACAGCCGGAAACAAAUGCAACUCUACCAACUGGCAUCGGGACAGCCUCAUUUAAGAGGGAAACGUCUGCAAUUGUACAUAACAACAACAAUCAAAUACCACCACCAUAUGAACCGCCACCUAGCAAUUUCAAAUCAUCCAUAUCAUUUUCUUUGAAUUCACCACAACCCCAACUCCCUACAAAAGACAAUGCAGCAAUAAAUCAACGACCGCAAAUUCUGUCUCCGGUGCCGUUACAGGGCAGCAAAAGCAAUGAAUACGUAAAUCAAUUUUUAAGGCACACGAACGAUGAUAAUUCACUAAAAGGACGCUACAGCUGUGAUCGAAUCAAAGACAAUUCCAAUAUAAAUAACGAAAUUCUUGAAAAACGACACUCAGACGACUUCAAUGUUGUAUCUCAAUUAACGAAAAAAUUUGAAAGCGGUGCUCCAUUAUCGCCUGAAACGCAAAUGUUCUACAAAAGUGAGUUGAGUCGAUUCAAUAAAUUCCCGAAUCCAAUUGUUAAUAUCAGAAAAAAAGAGAUUGAAUUGAAAACACGGUUAGAAAAUGAAUCAAUUAUUCAAAAUUCCAGAAAUGACCUAAAAGUAUUAGAGACACCAAAUAAUUUUAAGGAUAUCGAAAUUAAAUGUAAUUUUGAUGACGUAAAUUUAAGUAAAUGUGAUCAAUUUGAAGCGUCAACAGCACCAACUAUUGUCGUUCGACGACAAAAACCCACCGAUAUCGACGAUAAGAAAAUACCACGUCGAAUAUCAUAUCUGCGGGCAACAGGUAAUGAUAAGGAAUAUCAUAGCGAUAUUCCGUCUUGUCCAGAGGCUACAGUUUCUGAGGAAGAAGUUAUUGACAAGGAUGAUUCAAUACGAAAAAGCAAUACUGUUCCCAUGAUUGACAAAACGAAGUCAAUAACUCUUGAAAGUGAAAUGAAUAUCAAAACUUCAGGUUCAGCAGAUAAGAUAUCCCAUUGUCGUUCGUGGCAUGCAUGUAAAGUACACUUAGUGGACAAUAUCUUAAAAGCCUACACAAAACACGAUGCAAAUGUGGUUGAAAUCGAUGUACGGGAUUUUAAUGUAAGCGAAGAUGAUCUCAAUAAACGCAAAUGUGUAUUCAAGCUAACUCCAAAGUCGGCCAAAACGCAUUUCGACAAGCAUAGUUCCCCAAUUGAAAUACAUUUUGAAACGAAAAACACCAAUGACUUCAGGAAAUGGUUGAGGACGUUGCAAGAGAUGUCUUUCCAUGGUAUUUCGCACGAUAUACCGCAUUCAAAGUCGGGAUCACAGCUGGCCGAACCGCAACAAGUUAGUGCAAUAACAAGCGUGCAAACAACUCUAUAUGAAGAAAAUGCUCACACAUAUGAGACGGAAGGUUCGGUUUCUACCGAGAAUGGUAUCAACCACACAGUUACGGUUAAAACGAGAAAAACAUCAACGUCGUCGUCAUCACAUCAGCAUAAAGAAUUUAGCGAGAAAGAGAUGGGAUCACCUAAAUCACGAACGUGGAAACAUCUGUUUAGGAAAAUUCAAGGCAACAACGACGCACAUAGUUCAUAUUCGCCACCACCACCGGUGGGAUCAAUAGGGGUCCCGUUGAAGUUAUGCCCUAUGUCCAAGGACAACGAAUACGUUCCAUAUCUGGUGGACUUAUGCACAAAAAUCGUUGAGUCGAAAGGAUUAACCGUGAAAGGGAUCUAUCGAAUUCCUGGCAACAAGGCUGCAAUUUCUGAGCUACGUGAUCAAGUAAACAAAAAGGAUUUUGAUUUCGAAAAUUCAAUAAACGAUCCAAAAUGGGAGGAUGUGAACGUAGUUUCAAGCUUGUUAAAAUUAUUCAUUCGGAGUCUUCCUGAUGCUUUGCUGCCAAGCUCUUUCUACAACAAUUUCAUCGAAGCCGACAAGAAAACGGGCGAAAAACGAUGCAAAGAAUUACUCGCACUGUUACAAUCUCUUCCGAAGGUCUCCUAUGAAACUUUAAAACAUAUCAUUCGACAUAUACAUCGUGUUAGCCAACAUUGCGAAGUGAAUUUAAUGGAACCGAAAAAUCUUGCAAUCAUUUUUGGACCAUCGAUUAUCCGAACACCAGAUGAAACCUUAGAGAUUGCUGUUAAAGAUAUGAAAUAUCAAUGUAGAAUAGUAGAAUUAUUUAUUACACAAUAUGAAUACUUUUUCGAAAGUGGUGCUCUUCCGGAACUUGCAGAAACGCCAACUGCUCAGACGGCGGCCGUCACGCAACAAGAACAAACGAAUCUAUUACUCGGCAACGUAUCAAAGAUUGAACAGAAAAUCCAUGACAAGGAAUCGAUAAGUUCGCGAUUUAUACCACAUUUGAGGAGGCGGGGUAAUAAAAAGAGUGGCACCAACUCAGAUACACAUUCGGGCGAAAGUAUAUCUUCGUUUGAGGCAAAACCAACUGCUGAAGACAAACCUAAAGAUGGCUGUGAAUUCAGGCACAGGGACGAUCAGGACAGUUUGGAUGGGGGGUCCACCGAACAGACUGAAGAUGAUGAGCUUAAUGCCAGCCAGAAUAGUGAUACAGGAUCAAUGUCACUUACAACCGUUACAGAUGUUCUUGAAACUAAAUUGCGGGAUAUCCGUAAAACUCCAGACUCACCCGAACAAAAGGAAAACAUCUCCAAAUCAACUCUAUCAUCCUACAGACGGAAUCAAACUAAACCACUAACGUUGGGAGAAAACAUCCCAUAUGCAGACGAGUCGCCGGAGAGAAAUUAUGCUUUCGAUGGUACAGGGCGAACGCCAGUUCGAGCUCAAUAUACGAAGUCGCCACUAUCAAACUACAAUUACGAUACAAAAACCACAUCGUCAAGGACAUCAUCAUCGUAUACGCAUGAUUUGCAUUCGGACGAUUCAGAAGUAUCUACAACAAGCGAUCCGAAAGACACACUGGUUAUAUCGCCUCUAAUACUGGAACGUUUAAAGAAACGCCGUGAUUAUCGCCUAUUUCGAUCCGCCUCAUUUAAUUGUCGCAAUUAUUCGAGCCGGGCAGCACAAAGUCAACAGUCGACGCUAACAAAAGACGAGAAAACGGACAUGAAUAUUACAAAGAAAAGACAAAUACAGAAUAAACAGAAUCGUUCCAUCAAACGAAGACAUACGUUGGGUAGCCCCAACGAUUAUUUUACAACCAUAACACGACGAACUAACAAUGAUAACAUGAUUGAAGUGGGUAUACGGAUAAAGAACGUGAAGAAGCGCAGUUAGUCUUGAUUAGAUUGCAAUUAAUUAACUUGAUUGUACUGAGACGGUAGAGAAUGGUGCAAAAAUAUGAGUUUCAUGCUGUCAGCACGAGUUUUGCUGGCGGGCAACUAUUUCUAUAUAGACGAAAGGCGAUAGUUGUGACAGGACAUCGUUUUUGUGAACCCCAAGGUCCCCACAGGAAUUCGUCAAAAACGAAGACGAUAUCAAAUUUAGAUUUUUGCUUAUAAGACACGGUUGCGUUGAGAGUUUCGGAACCGGCAGGAGCCCGUCUCCAAAGGUCGAAGUGUUAGUUGAGAACACAACAUGAUUCCCGGGUGUGUAACAUGGCCUAUCAUGUGAUGGACGCUGCACCGCACUCUACCCCAAUCAUACGCAAUACAUGCAAAUGUACUACGAUCAUUAUUUACUAUUUUAUUGUUUUUAAUUAUCUUAUCAAUUGUACAUUGCUUUAUACUUGAAUGACUGUUUACAAUUUGGCUAUAACAUGUUUUUAUGAUUAAUACAAUGCAAAACUGAGGAUGAAAAAGAAGUGGAAAGUAAGGCAAUCACUUGUUACUUGCUUACUGUCUAUUUCUAUUUUAGUCGUUUUUAUUAUUAUUCUAUUUUCUAUACAUCUAUUUUUCUUCUUUAAGAAAUGAAAAACGGAAAAACGCUAAUAUAACGUUAUUUUUGCUGUAACGAUGAGAAGAAGGUGGAAAGAAUGAAACACAUUUCGUUAUUUAUAUUUUAAAUUAAUGUAAGGAGUUUUAAGAAUGAUGAUGGUGAUUUUAAUAUAACUAAAAUUGAUUCUAAA